AUGUACCAUUUUCAUCGCUCAAAUACAUCAUCUGCACCACCACUUCAGUUCUAUGGUCCAAGUGUAUGGUGGUAUACAGAUUGGACAUCUUUCACGCGGCAUCGACUUAUUGAAUCAAUCAAUAUUGGUCUUCAAUGGCGUCGACAAGAGAUCGAUAAGGCCGACGGAGCACCCAUUGCCAACUUAUGGACCACUAGUCACGAUCUCUUCACUGUUCUUCAAGGUCGUCAGAAUAUUAAUCCGAUUCUAUAUCACAAACUAUUCUAUCCAAUGUUUAUACAACAUUUGAAACAGCGGCAUGGUUCCCAACAAUUAGUGAGAACUCUUGAUGAGAUGGCUGAACAACUGAUCGCAUAA